GUGUGUAACUCCCAUAGCGCUGGUGACACUUUAUGGCAGUCCACACUAAUUCUGGUUUAAGGUUUGUUUGGAAAAAGAAAAAACAGGUUUUGAUAGAACUGUCCAAUGAGAUUAGCCUAUGCUAAUGAGAUGGAGGAGGAAGACAGGCAUGACCUGCUGUGUCAGAGGGAUAGAGAAGAAGAAAGAGCAGAAGAGACAGAGAAAGAGAACCUGCUGACAUGCUUUGUCGAUUGAUUGGAAUGGUUCUACAUUUGGAUGAGCGACGUUCAUUCAGGUUCAUUUUGCAAGGAAGGUGUGUUUUCACAUAUUGUCCCUCCACAAACCGGGACGCUCAGAACACCAUGUCAUGUGCUCAUCUAUUUUUCAAGCAGGGCACCACAAAGAGCUAUGUAUUUUCGAAGCAUUGCUGUAUGUGCUUGUCUGUUCAAUGUUGCCAUGGUUCAAAAUGUCUAUCCAUGCAUUCCUAGCCCUCGCCCAUGGUCUUCCAUGAUCGGGAUAUGUGCAAUCACAGUUUUUCUCAAUGCAGCUGGCAGCAUGGGGAUGCAGCUGACCUCUACUGGUCCUCAGACCGUCCAGAGGGCCCAGGGGGAGAGAAUGACCCUGGUGUGUACAUACACACCUGACCCCUCGGACACUGGAGAGCUGGAUAUUGAGUGGUCAGUGGUCAGCCCAGAUACCACCCAGAAGGACCAACUGCUGUUGUCCUAUGCAGGUGGGAAUAAGUACGUCCAUGGUAACCCUGGUCUAACUAAGGGGCUGGACUUUGCUGCUGGUGACCCUUCCCUGGGUGAUGCGUCCCUCUCCAUCGCUUUCCUGUCACCAGCCCAUUCUGCCAUCUACCAGUGUAAAGUCAAGAAGUCACCGGGAGUGGACAUGCAGAAAGUGUCCCUGGUCGUGAUGGUGCGUCCUUCGGUGCCUAAAUGCUGGGUGGAGGGUGAGGCGGCAGUGGGGGAGACUGUCUCCCUGCACUGCAAGUCAUCCGAGGGGUCCUCUCCCCUCAACUACGCAUGGAAGAGAGAAGGAGGAGGUCCCAUCCCACCCUCAGCCACACAGAACCGUGUGACUGGGGAGUUGUUGAUCAGCAAUCACUCUCAGAGCUUUGUGGGGAUUUACAUGUGUGAGGUGACCAAUGCUGUGGGGGACGAGAGGUGCAGAGUCAAACUGACAGCUAACAAACCCCCUAACAGAGCAGGAGUGAUAGUGGGUACUGUGGUGGGUUGUCUACUGCUCAUCAUCAUUCUGGCGAUACUCAUAUGGCUCCUCAUCUACAAGUGUGAUGCAAGGUUCACACGCUAUGAGAAGGAAGUGUCUAACGAUAUCAGGGAGGACGUCCCAGCCCCAGAGAGCCGGCCACACAGCCGAGGCAGCAGCCGGGGCGCAAGCCUCCACCCUGGGGUAGCCUACAGCCAGGUGGGAAUGCAACAGACGGGGCACUCAGAUCGAGGACACACACACAUCCCAUCCAGCAGCACUGGAUACACACCUGUCAAAUAUGACAGCAGAUACGGCUUCGCUGUGUGAUCGGAGAGAAAGAUGAUAACAAUCGUGUUUUGCAGGGUGAAAUUAGGUACAUUCCCUAUUGUGACUUUGAAAGGCAUUUCAUCAGUGGGUUUUAAUCAUAUAAAAUACCAUGAUAAUUAAUUUGAAAUUAAUACUGUUGAUAGAUGUUGCUUUGGCAUUGGAAUAAGAUAACAAGCUAAUACUACAAAGGAAGCAGAACACACAGAGUUCUUUAUUCUCCAAAUCAUUUUUCUAAGUAAUAAUAUCAAAGCCACAGUCUACGAUUUCCAGUGAUUCAUUUUCAUGUAAUAAAAUAUACCAUUUGAUUUAGCAGAAUAUUAUAAUACCUCAAUGAGAUUGGAUAACAUUACCUUAUCAUAAAUUUCAAAAAUAAGUACCUAUUACUCAAUUUGCUCCUUUUUUAUAUAUUUUUUUAUAUUUCAAUAGUUUUGUGCACUAGUUUUACAAUAUAUUUUAAAGGUUUAAAUGUUGUCCUUGUAGUAAUUCUUUAAUAUAUGUAUGUUUCAUUUAAAUAAAUGUCUCCUAAAAGUCCA